AUGGGCCGGGGCACGCUGCUGUCUUGCCUGGGGCCGGCCUGCUGCUUGCUGCUGCUGCUGCUGGGGGACAACGGGGGGCUGGGGAGCAGUGGGAAGCAGCGGGGGCUGCUGGAGGAGCGCCAGAGCGCUGUGACGGAGGCGGCACCGUGGGGCAGAGCGAGGUAUGAGGCGGUGAAGAAGCAGCUGGGAACCGUGGGAGCUCUCUCCAAGCAGUACUGGCAGUACCUGGCUUGCAAGGUGUGGCAGGAGGGCUGCGGGAAGGAGGAAAGAACCAGCCCCGGCCCAGGCUGGAGCUUGCCUCUGGUGGGCCAGGAUUACCUGGAGAUCCUCUCUGCUUGGUACUGCAGUUUUGGCAAGUGCUGCAAGACAGGAGACUGCCAGAUCAUCAACAACAUCACGGGGCUCGAACUGGACCUCCAUGAGCAUCUCCACGGGCAGCACUUGGCCAAAGAAAUUGUCAUACGGGCAGUGCGAGGGUUCCUGCAGAGCCCACAGCCUCAGAAGGCUCUGGUCCUCUCCUUCCAUGGCUGGUCUGGCACAGGCAAGAACUUUGUGGCCCGCAUGGUGGCUGCUCACCUGUACAGGGACGGGCUGAAGAGUGAAUGUGUCAGGGUGUUCAUUGCGCUCUUCCACUUCCCCCACCACAAGUACGUGGACUCCUACAAGGUUCAGCUGGAGAAGCAGAUAAGUGAGACUGUGCAGCUCUGCAAGCAGUCACUGUUCAUCUUUGAUGAGGCAGAGAAGCUUCAUUUUGGCCUCCUGGAAGUCAUCAAGCCCUUCAUGGCUCGCUCUGACAAGGGCCAGCAAGAUAACCGGAGAUCUAUCUUCCUCUUCCUCAGCAAUAUUGGUGGCAGUGCCAUCAAUGAGGUCACCCUGGACUUCUGGAGAGCUGGACGGGCACGAGAGGAGAUUCCUGUGGAGCUCCUGGAGCAACAGCUGCAGCUGGAGAUGCUGCAGCUUGCAGAAAACGGUUAUGCCCGCAGCCAUCUCCUUGAAGAGAACCUGGUUGAUUUCUUUGUGCCAUUCCUACCUCUGGAGUACCACCACGUGAAGCUCUGCGCACGGGAUGCGUUCCUGGCCCGUGGACUUCCCUACACAGAGGCAGCCCUUGAUGAGGUUGCCAGGAUGAUGGUGUUUGUCCCCAAGGAGGAGAAGCUUUUCUCUGCACAAGGCUGUAAAUCUGUAUCACAGCGCAUUAAUUACUUCCUUCCUUGAACACCAGGUGGGACUACAUCCCUGGUGAAGCUGAUUCCGUACACCAGGAGCUGCUCUUCUUGCACAAGGUCAGGCAAGCAGAUCACCCCUGCACAGGGGCAGGAACUGAACUCCAUAUUUCUCUGAGGGCUGCUCACAGGGAAGGAAGUGCAGCUGGGGUGCCAGCAGGCUGAGCUCGGCUGGGUUUUUAAGUCCACGUGGUGUUUCUCACUCCCUCCUCCUACCCUGAAGCAGUGGUUCGGUUGUGCUGAUAGAUGCUUAGUCUCAUGUGAGUGGGAUAUUGCCAGUUUGUUGCCAGUAAGCAAAGGCCCAGGCCAGACUGAUCCAGCACAAGCCACGGCCUCAUCCCUGUCCACAGCUUCCUCAGUCACAUACAGAAAAUGACUGCUUCAUCUCCACUGGAGAUUUUAAACCUACAGCCUUUUCCUUUGGAGUGACCUUCUCUCCCCUCUCUUGGUCUUUGUUCCAUGGAAGCAGCUGUGGGAUGAGGUGAGCUCCUGCUGGAAUCAUUUCCCUGAGCCGUUUGGUGAAGAGCAUGUUUGCUGCAUUGCAGGAACUGGUUUGGGGAGAGACAGACACGGGCAAAGGGCAGAUGAGGAGGACAGAGGGUGAAAGAACAGGUUGCAGUUGAAUUUUGGUUUUCAGAGCUGGAAUAAGAUAGUUUCCCCCCCCCCAGUAUGUUGCAUGCUGUGGGGUUUUGGCUGGUAUCAGCAUUACUACACCAAGGGGCUGUUUGCUGUCUGGGUACUUGCCAGGUGAUAAGAAUGGACCAAAAUAUUUCAACAGUGAUAGAAGAAUCACUUUGUGACCUCGAGGUCAAAACUCCCUUCCAACACAGCUGCUGCACGGUGAGGUGAAUCAGCAGCUGCCAAGGACGGCUCAGCUACCUCAUGAGCGGACCUUUGAUCUAUUUUAAGCUUGGAACCUCUCAGCAGUGCCAGUGAUGAGCAGCACAACUCCAGGGACAGGCUGAGCACUGCUCUGCAGCCUCUGAGGUCGCCGAUCUAAUGAGGCUGUGUGGUCUAAGGCAGGGAGCAGUGAGCCAGGGAGCUGCUCGUCUUCCUUCUCUCUGUACCAAGUUAGCUUCAGCCUGGCUGCUGACUUGAGGCUGGACCUAAGUGCUAGGUCUACUUUUAUCAGGCAUUGCUCAGAGUUGGUUGAUGGGUGGUCAUUUCAUCACACACAUCAGUCCUGGGAACAGCAGAGGUGCCUGAGGGAAAGCAGCUCUUCAGUGAGGAUGCAGCCCUGCAGAACAGCACAGUUCAGGCUCUGCUUUACAACCAGCUGAUCUGCUUGGUCACUUGUGUAAGCCAGCGUGAGGUCAGCAAAGUUUUGGUUUUUUGAGUUAACUGGCUUUGAGUACAGUACAGUGCAGGUUAAAACAUGCUUUAGAUAAAUAAAGCAAUGUCUAGGCAAGGUUUUUUUUUUUUUUUUUUUUUUUGCCAAUAAAAUAUUGCAACCUUUAUUUAAAACAAAAUGCAAAUUGGCAAAACUUUGUGGAACGACAGGCAAAGAGGCCCUUCUGAGGGCCUUAUUUACAUCAAGUUUAACACUGUUCGCAGUUCACAGUCAGACGAUAGUGAGAGAAUUAAAUUAGAAAAACAACCAAAAUAUAUUACAAUAACAAUUAAAAACAAAACAGUUGACAACA